UCGGAGACAGAACCAGCCGAGCUGCCUUAGCGAAUGCCCGCGUCGAUCGCUUGCGCUCAGUGAUUUUGACACGUUUGAUUAAACGCGAUCCUGACAUCGGAAAUACUUUCGCCAGUCGACGAUCUCAUGUUAAUUAUGAUAACACAGUGAAUUUAACAGUGCAGUUUCCGGAACCACGGCGGGUUUACAAGAGCUGAAAAUGCCCCAAUGGGCGAGUGGGGAGAUUGCGGAAUCAGAAGCGAUGUCGCCGAAUACGACGAUACUGUAUUACGACGACGACGGCUCUGAGUACUACGACAACAAAACCGAAGACGCCGACACGAAGAUUGAACAAGCUGGAGAUUUUUACGACAGCGGAAGCGGCAGCGACGAGCAAGUUGCUCGGCGAGUUUGUCGGCCUCGACGAACAGCGGCGAGUUCGUCGUCGUCGGGUACCACGAGUGGGGCAGGCGCUGGAGGCCCGGGAAGGCGCAGGCGAUGUGGGAUAUCCGCGAGGGAACGAAACCUACGGAGACUGGAGAGCAACGAACGUGAACGAAUGCGAAUGCACUCGCUCAACCGCGCGUUCGAAGAACUCCGUCGUGUGAUUCCUCAUGUGAAGAAGGAUAACAGAAGUCUUUCAAAGAUAGAGACACUUACUCUUGCCAAAAACUACGUGAAGGCUCUAACAAAUGCUAUUUGGACUAUGAGGGGAGAGGUGCCCCGUUAUCAAUUUAACAGUGAGGACGACAACGUGGAGCCAGUAUUCGUGAUACCUCGAGAUCAGGAACAGAACAACAAUGUGCCAAUUGAACGUGAUGAAGAAGAUCUAACGCCGAACGUGUGCCGUUGACGCCGAAACAAACGAUAAUUCACGCGCAAACUUAGCGAAUCCAACAGACCCACAAAUGCUCAUCGCAUUUGUAACCGUAAUCUGAUAAAUAUAUUAUAAUCAUUAACUUAGAUAUCUAUGUUGUGUGUUUAUCAAUGUGUAGCGCACACUAGAACAAAACAUUGUUGAAUUUCUUCUAGUCUAUAUUUUAACGGCUUAACUUUAAAUCUAUGGUCUGAUAAAUUACGAAACUUGAGCCUACGGAUUUUUCUCUCAUAGCUGCGAUUUCAACGGCGUCUUCACGCAUUUGCAUAAAAAAUACCUUAAAAGACCGUUCUAUAUAAGGUUGUUAUUGCUAUGUCAUCGCUGUGAGUCUGAAAAGGAGCUUAGUUAGAUAGUAACCCUUGUAUAAAUAAGGUCUUGCCCAUACAAAAAUAUCCCCUGCGAGGUACCUAUGCAUGCAUUUUAAAUAAUAGUCAAUCUUAUAUUUUCUCGGUGGUCUUUAUUAAUUAUAUUUUAUUAAUAUUAACUAGUUGACCUUAUUAUAGUGAAUACACGCGUCGCCAUGAAAUGGAUUGUAUUUGAGUUUGAGCGCGACGUAAGCAUGUUUUAGUGUUAUUAGACAGAAACCUCUUUGGUCAUCAAUCUUAUCUUUUUGCGUCUUUGUCCGCAGUGUACUAUUAAAUGGUAGACUUUGUAAGAAUUUACUUGUAGCGACCUGGCGCUUCUAUAAAGAACUAGUUAAUACAAAUAUUUAAAAAUGGUUUCUAGCUAGUAUUAGAGAGCAAAACUUAACAUUAUAGAUGAUUGUAUACAGAACUAUAGUAACAGCUUUCAGUCUUGUAAUUUAACUGUGAGCAGUGCCGGGAUAAUUCUUUCAAAGAGCCAUUGAACUUUAUAGGAAGUAGUCGGUUACCGAGUGUCUUCACGACGUUUCACGUUUUCGUGACAUCAAGUAAAUUAAAUAUACUAUCUUAAAAAGUAUCACUCAAAAAAAUACGUUCGCGCGGGCCCGUAGCUAUUGCUACGUGGUUAAUCCGGCCCUGACUGUGAGAUACUUCUAUUAUAAAAAUAUGAUGAGGUCCAUAAUUUAAAAUAUUUACAGUAUGCAGUAUGCACAAUAAAAUUAAUUACUCACACUGGCUCUCAGUGGGGUCACAUGUUAAGCAGCUCUAUUUGCCCAGAUCCUGUCAACUUACUCUACCUUAUUCCAGUUAAAUGACACAUGAAGUCUUUCAUAGACGCUCUCUAAUUGUUAGAAGACCACAGCACAUCUCCACAUUCAUUGUGGAAUGUUGACCUUUGUCACCACUCCUAUCCAACCCUACAUAACCAAACCGCCUCAAGAAAUAAAAUAUUUAAAAAGAAAAUAAAAAUUUAAAUCUACUGGGUCAAUUAUUCAAAAAUUUCGUCCGGUAUACUUAUCUUUUUUAAUUUACAUUUGCAUUAAAAAGUAAUGUUAAUUAAUAUCAGAUUUAGUUUAGUUAGUUUUCAUAUCAGGUACUAUCCGAAUUUAUUCAAAUAUUUUUGUUUUAAUGUAAAAAUCAAGCAUAAAAACAAAUAUGUAACUCUGUAACGUUUUGUGAUUUUCAUUUUUCAACACGUUAAGCUUUCAAACCAGCCAGCUCUCUACGAAAAAUGCGAUCGUAUGAAACGUGGAGUCAUUGAUAGAUUGGCAGAUGACGGCUAUAAUCUUGUAAAAAACGAAGAUAGCCGGAAUCCACUACAUGUUAAGUAAUUGUUCGCAUUCAAACUUAGCCGGAUUAUAGUUCGUCGCCAAAUACUUAUUACUAUUUCAAACUUUUGUGAAAUCUUACUGCACGUUUCAUACUAGACUUUGAAAUUUUUACUCAGGCAGUCCCGCCUCUUACCUAGUAUUUACAUCCUCUUUGGUUCGAACCAUAGAAUUGGUAGAGAAUAGACCUAGGCAGCCGAGGGAGUGACUUAUAGAGAACAUGCGGCGCUUAGUUUUCUCUUUCUAGAGUAGAUACAAAUUACUGUAUUUCAUACGCAUUGAACAUCGGAUGAAUUCUGGUAUUACUUUUUAUGAAUUGUAUGUUCUAUAAAUAUACGUAUACGCGUGACAGGGUAUUUAACCAGUAGUAAAAUAAUUCCAUUUGAUAUUCACCAAGUCAGUGAGUUUGGGAACUAAUGCUUACUGUAUAAGAAUUGUUUUAAUCUAAUGUCAUCAUAGUGUCUUUCUAUGGACUGUGGACCUUCAAUUCGGCAUAGAAAGUAGCUAUCACUUUAUGCUAUAGCGGUAUACCCUGUCUAGAGUACUAGUACUAGUACCGCUACUAUAUACCACUGGACUGGCGGCUGUCAAACUGCUUUUGUGCCUGUUUGAUAUUCGCCAUUUUGGCGCUGUCUAGCGAGAGUCUGCGGAACUAAAACUAGUGAUGACAAUCUUAGCAAACAUCGAUAGAUGGUGGGAAACUACAAAAAAAAUGUGUACUUUAUUACGUUGAUUCUUGAAGUAUAAAUAACACGGAAAACGAACGGAUCAAUUCAAAAUGCAAAAAUACUUCAGAUUAGUACUUCAAAUAGGUAGGCACAAAAAAUUUGCUGUCAAACAUAUGGAACAGCCUGUUCAGUGGUAUUUAUACAGGUCAGUGCUCGUGCCAUACCUAAAGAAAAUGACGGGUAUUGACCGCAGUCCCCUACUCUAUGCUUCUAUUUUUAUGGCCCGGCCCUAUCUCAAUGUUCUAGUAAAAAACUAUUUCAUGCACCUUGUGGUAUAUUUGCUAGAUAUUCGAUCUCUCUUUUGGUGCCAAUUAGAAUAAUCAUAAUUAAUUAUAGGUACUUAAUAGAUUUUAACCUAUAAAUUAACAUAAGUAUGUACCAAAAGAUGUGUUACCUUAUGCGUAUCUGUACAAACAAAAUAUAAUAUAAUAUAUAUCUACACAGAAAUGAUACAAGUUUAACUUACUGUAAAAUAUUAUGCAACCUUACGAAUUAUAAAAAAAAAACAAUUUUAAGAUUUAUUUUUUCCAAAUAUACCUAUUAUAUAAAAAAUUACCUAUCUAACAUAUUUCAAGAGUCAAUUUAAAAAAAACCUUAUUUAUGUAUUUUUAUAUGUAUUUUUUUAACGUACUAAUGUUAUAAAAUAAAAAUAAAUAUUUUCCACUACAAAAAUAAUUACCUACUCUACAUUGAAAUUCAAAUACCUAUUAAUCAAAAUUAUUUUUAAUGAAACGCGUGGACCCGUAAAAAUAAAUAUCAACAAGUAUUUCAAAAUACCUGAUCGUCAUAAAAAAUGUGGAUGUUGAUCCUGAAAUUGUAUUUUAAUUGAUUUUAUUAUUGUUGGAAUAUUAUUUACAUGAAUUCCUAUAAUUGGAAUAGGUCUUACUUAAAUCUAUUGCAUUUGAUUGGUCUAAUCAGCAGCUGUUUACUUAUUAACAAAAUAUAUUAUUUUGUAUUCGUUUAUUACAACUCUUAUCCCUUUAAAUUAUUGUACUUAAGUAUUAUUUAGGAAAUUAUUGAAAUGUAAUCUCAUUUAAAGUUACCAUAGGUAAGAUUUCCUGUUGCUAUUUUUGGAUAUUUAUUUUGCUAUGCAUUUUAUUAGUUUACUUGAGUAUAAAUAUUUUGUUAUAAAAAAUUAUUAGUAGAUAGUUGAAUGUUGUAGAAUACCUAGUUGUUGUGAUAUAUUAAAAAUAUAAUAUGUGUUAUAUGUGUACUUUAGCUGUAACGACGACACGGCUACUACCGACAAGUGUUUAAAUGAAUUAAAUAUAAUGUGAAGCAA